AUGAUAAAUUGCACUUAUCACAUUAGAAAUCCAAUUACAUUUGUAUGUAUAGCUCCUCACAAAUGCUAAUCGUAAAGAAAACUUUGCGCUGAAUGCCUUUAUGAUCAUGAAGUGAAUGUCAAACAAACAAUUCCGAUCAAUAAAUUUCAAGAAAUGGCCAUCAAGAAAUUAAAAGAAACCAAGCUAAAUGAUACAUCUGAACUAACCAAAUAGAGAAUGGCCUUUAAAACCUUACUCUCUCAAACUGAUUAAAUGAUGAAGAAAAUUUGGGAGGACUUGUCACAAUCAAUCAAAUAAGUUUACGAUUGGAUUGAAAAGGAAAACUAAUCAUACUUAAACCUCCUCAAUGAAAACACUAAUCUAGCUGAAUCCUCUUACACAGAUUUAGAAAAAUUAGUAAACAUUGUAGAAGGAACAACUUUAAUAGAUUGGAAUGCUUCGAAGAAUUCUUAUAAUAAGGAGUUAGAUAAGACAAAGAGCUGGUGGGACCAACAUAUAAAGGCCUUUAUUGAGAAGUCUAACGAAGGAAUCCAAUAGAUCCAAUCAUUAAUUAAGUAAGUAUUAUAUAUACUAUCUCUAGGGAGGAUGAAGAAGAAGUUUAUUAAAUGAAAGAAGAUCUUUAUGAGAUGCUAACCUACAUCCAGGAUAUAGAUGAAUCUCUCUAUUAGAAGAUUCUUGAUAUAAUUAGAUAAGAGAAAGUUUCAGACAUUAUUGGAUUCCUGUCGAAGAAAAACAAUCAACAGUUUUUUAAUUCUUUAAUCAACAAGUAAGAGAAUAUAAUGGAGAUCAAGAAAUAAGUAAAGAAAAUAACUAAUGUCUUGAGGAAUAUUUAGGAUCAUAAAUUUAGUAGGGAUGAUUAUUCGUUAGAGACUGAUGAAAAUGCAAAAUAAGAUCUAAUAAAGAGGUUGAAGGAUAACAAAGGGAGCAAAACUUUUAUGAAGUUUUUAGUUCUUCUCACAAGUAUUGACGGUAUAUUUAUUCAAUGUGGAUCGAAUGCAUUAAACUUAUUAGUAGGCAUGAAGGUAGAUAUUAGGAAUGAAUCAUUUGAGAAUAUAAAAAUAAAUAAUACUUCUUUGAUUGGAGGAAAUUUUUUAAGGUGUAAUUUGAGUGGAUCUGAGUUUGAAAAUGUAGAUAUAAGCGGAUUGAAUUUGAAUGGUGCUUAGAUGUUCAAUUGUAAAUGGAAGAACAUUAAAGUCCAUGAAUUGAAUAAGUUGGAUGGUCAUAGCGGAACUGUCUGGUCAGUCUGUUUUUCUCCUGAUGGAAAUAUAUUAGCUUCUGGUAGUUAUGAUAAGUCUAUCCGUCUAUGGGAUGUCAAAACAGGAUAAUAAAAAGCCAAAUUAGAUGGUCAUA